AUUUCUGCAGUCAGUUUUGUAAGGUUCUUGUAUGGUAUUACCCUCACCGUCACUUCACAUCCUACUCUGAGAUGAUUCAGUUCUUCCAUAGGGAUGUGGCCUUUAGGGCAAAAUAAAUUGCAAAGUCAUGAGUCAUAAGAACCUUUGAAGAACAGGUCAGGCAGACUAUAAAUUCAGCCUACCCACCAUCUGAACUGCAGAAACCUUGGACAGACCCAGAGCAGCAGUCUUCCUCCCUGCACAAAAUAAGGUUCAGAACAAUGGAAGCUUUAAAUAAAGCAAACACAAGCUUUGCUCUUGACUUAUUCAAACAUGAGUGUCAGGAAGAUGACAAUGAGAACAUCUUGUUCUCCCCUUUCAGUAUUUCAUCUGCCCUCGCUACUGUGUAUUUGGGAGCCAAAGGCAACACUGCAGAUCAGAUGGCAAAGGUACUCUACUUCAACGAAGCUGAAGGAGCCAGAAACGUCACCACAACUAUAAGAAUGCAAGUCUAUUCCAGAACAGACGAGCGCCUAUCAAAUCGCCGUGCCUGUUUCCAGAAGACAGAAAUAGGCAGAUCAGGUAACAUCCAUGCUGGGUUUAAAGCACUCAACUUGGAAAUCAACCAACCCACUAAAAAUUACCUGCUCAGAAGUGUCAACCAGUUAUAUGGAGAAAAGUCACUGCCUUUCAGUAAGGAAUACUUACAGUUAGCCAAGAAAUACCACAGUGCAGAACCACAAUCAGUUGACUUUGUGGGAGCAGCAAAUGAAAUCAGAAGAGAGAUCAAUUCCAGGGUUGAACACCAGACUGAAGGUAAAAUAAAAAGUCUGCUGCCUCCUGGAUCCAUAGAUUCACUCACCAGGCUAGUCCUGGUAAAUGCACUCUACUUCAAAGGAAACUGGGCAACAAAGUUUGAUGCUGAAGAAACCAGGCAAAGGCCUUUCAGAAUAAAUACGCAUACAACUAAACCAGUGCCAAUGAUGCACCUGGCUGAUAAAUUUAAUUGGACCUACGUAGAAUCAGUCCAGACUGAUGUUCUUGAACUUCCAUACGUCAAUAACGACCUCAGUAUGUUCAUCCUGCUGCCACGGGAUAUCACUGGCCUACAAAAGCUAAUAAAUGAAUUGACUUUUGAAAAAUUGUCUGCAUGGACCAGUCCAGAAUUAAUGGAGAAAAUGAAAAUGGAAGUGUAUCUGCCCAAGUUCACAAUAGAAGAGAAAUAUGACCUGAAAUCUACUUUGAGCAAGAUGGGGAUAGAAGACGCUUUCACAGAAGGUCAAGCUGAUUUCAGGGGAAUGUCAGAGAAUGCUGACCUGUUUCUGUCACAAGUUUUUCACAAAUGUUAUGUGGAAGUCAAUGAAGAAGGCACAGAGGCAGCAGCUGCCAGUUCAGCAUCUCUAGCAUCACGAAGCCUUGGUGCUGCAGUUUUUUUUGUAGCAGAUCACCCUUUUCUCUUCAUUAUCAGACACAACAAGACCAAGUGCAUCCUUUUCUUUGGAAGGUUCUGCUCCCCCUAGAAAAUCAACUGUUAAUAAACAAGCCCUUACAACAACGAUGUACACAAUGUAUGCCACGAAGAGCACCUCAACAGACUGUGAACUUUACCAUAAUUUUCCUGCACUAUUGACAAUCUCUGCUAGAAGAGAGCUCAUAUUAAAAAUAACAUGAAUUCAAGCCUCUAAUUCAUUUUCCUUUAUAAGCAUAUUAUACAGCACUACAAAACACCAAACUGCACACUGAACAACAUGGAUGUGUCUUUUCAGUGCUUUCCAAACCAGAACUGCUACAAUGCAGAACAGACAAGGCUGAUCUAAAACAGUACUUCCCGAUACAAUUCCUUUUGCACAUAAGAAGAAAAGAAGCAGGAGAAACUCAUUCUUGUAUAAAGUUGUCACACCUCUUCAAAGCUAACUGUCCCAGGCCACCUCUACCACAGCCUUUUCAGUUUUAAAUCAGCUUCACAACAUAGCAUGGCUGGUAAUGAAACAAAGCUGCAAAAUCCUCUGUGUUGCUGGUACUGUCGGUUUGCUCUUGCACACAAAGGAGCUAACACAUGUACUUUCUAAUCUCUGACCCUCAUAAAUUGGCAAAUACCAAACAAUGCAGAACCAGAGUUAAAUAAAACACAUACCUUGAAAUGCUCUCUUUUGUCCUAACCUUUAAUUCAUUCAACACUGUUGCAGCCCAGCACUGCUUUACACUCCUUUGCCACUUAUUUUGCUGCUUGAAGGCAAGACCAACUGGGAGAAUCAAAUCUGUAACGUUAACUCCCCAAGUGCUGUCUGAAAGAUUUCAUGCAAAUUCUUCCCUACAUAUUCACUGCUUUCACAGCUCUUACUCCUAAGGAGGGGGAAUUCCCAAUCAGUCAUGCACAUCUAAGAACACAAGUGUUGCUCCUACUUCUCUGAAUUCAGAAUGGUGAGAAAAGGACCGGGCCUCUUCACAGCACUUGCACACACUGACAGCAUCUCACUAUAAACAUCCCUUCCCACGAAGGUAGGAUACCUUUUUGCUGGCAGAGAGAGGAGUGUUGACUGAUGGUGGGUCUUUUCUGUAUUAUUCCA